AUGCGCCUAUACACUCCUGCCGGCCUCAAAUACCCGAUCAGGGUCACAAAGGUGCUCGUCGGCCGAGAUGACGACAUCGAGACCAAUUCGCCAUUGUUCCGCUACAGCUACACAACGGUCAUCGAGGUCAACGACCCCGAUACGCGAGAAUACAAAAAGCAGGAGACGAACUUCUAUGCCGAAUUCGAGAGUGAGGUGGAAGGCAAGGUGACCAGCAUCAACGUAAAGGAGAAGCAGAUCAUCAAGGAACCCAUUGCGGUGGCGGAGAUUGAGGAGCCUUGCAAGCAUGAGGUGCAGUUCGGCGGCAUGUGCGCGAAUUGCGGCAAGGAUAUGGAUGAGACGACGUACAGCACUACCGUCAAGAACACGGAGAGAGCGACCAUCAACACCGUACACGGACACACCAAGCUGUUGGUGUCGCACGAAGAGGCGAGUCGCGCAGACGACGAAGCGAAGCGAAGAUUGAUCAAGUCGCGGAAACUGAGCUUGGUCGUGGAUCUGGAUCAAACCAUCAUUCAUGCUACCGUAGAUCCAACCGUUGCUGAGUGGCAAGCUGACGAGACGAAUCCGAAUCAUGCCGCGGUCAAGGGCGUGAGGAAGUUUCAGCUGGUCGAUGACGGACCAGGUGGCAGAGGGACAUGGUACUACAUCAAGCUCCGACCUGGUUUGAGCGAUUUCUUGCAGCUUGUCUCGCAGUAUUACGAACUACACAUCUAUACUAUGGCAACACGUGCGUAUGCCGAGGAAAUCGCCAAGCUCGUCGACCCCGGCCGCAAACUCUUCGCGAAUCGAAUACUGUCGCGGGACGAGAAUGGCAGCAUGAACUCCAAGAGUCUCAAGCGCCUGUUUCCUGUCGACACGAAAAUGGUUGUUAUCAUUGAUGAUCGAGGAGAUGUCUGGAGCUGGAGUCCGAACCUGGUAAAAGUCAGUGCGUAUGACUUCUUCGUUGGUAUCGGUGAUAUCAAUAGCAGCUUCCUGCCAAAACGGCCGGAGUUGGAAGCCAGGCCCACGAACCCUGUCAAGGCUGCAAACAAGGCAAUCGACGGACCCACGCCAGACGUAGGCAGCGAUGACACUAGAGAUGGCGACGACAUAAGCAAAUCAGGCGAUCUUGACACUCCCGGCUCCACGCCACCUGUAAUGAACGGCAAGGUUUCUGCUGUAGAUCGUAUGGUGUCUAUGGCUGGCAAUUGCGACGAAGACAGCAUGAAGGAGAAGAGCGACGAGCAGGACGAGACCAUUGCUGCGCAGCUGGCAGAUAGGCCACUAUUACAGAAACAGAAAAUCUUGGACGCGGCAGAAGAAGAGGCCAAGACUUCGCCGGCAGUCGAAGCAGCUGCUGAGCUAUUGGCAGGCAAUGGCGAAGAGCCUGAGCUUUCACCUUCCGUCUCCCACCCUAAGUACAGGCACAAUCUCCUCCAAGACGACGAUACAGAGCUAGAAAAUCUCGGACGGAGCUUGCGCGACAUCCACCAAGCCUACUUUGACGACUACGAUCGAGAUCGAGCAGCGGUGAAAGGUAGCCGAGUGGCUGAGCUGCGUCCGGAUGGACCGAACAGAAAGCGGCCACUUGACGACAUCGAGAACAUACCCGAUGCAGCCGCCAUUAUGACAAGCAUGAAGUCACGCGUGCUGUCCGGCGUACACCUUGUCUUCUCCGGCGUUGUGCCUUUGGGCGUCAACCCUCUCAAUCACGACCUUGCCAUCUGGGCGAGAAGCUUCGGCGCGAACGUGCAAGUCAAGGUCAGCAGACGAACCACGCAUUUGAUAUCUUCGCCGGACCGCCGGACGGCAAAGGUGCGGCAAGCGCUGAAGAAGGGCUCGCGAAUCGCCAUUGUCAAUCAGAAUUGGCUGUACGCUUGCUUCAGCCAGUGGAAGAAGGUUGACGAGGAGCCGUAUCGCAUCCAUGUCGAGGCGGCGAUGAGCGGUAAGCCCGGUGUCGACACCGACGAUGACAUGCAAAAGUACAGUCCAUCUACGGCGCGCGAAGACAGCGGUGCGUUGUUCGAUCAGAGCGAGGAAGACUGGAGCGAGAUCCGUGGAGAGCUGGACGAUUAUCUCGGUAGUGAGGGGGAGGAGAGCGAUGCCGAGAGUGUGCGGACCGAGAGCACUGAGGCUGAAGCCGGUGGUAGCGGGGUCAAUGGCACGGACGAGAAUGGUCAAAGCAGGCUUCAGAAGCGAAAGAAGGAGGCAUUAUCGAGGACCACCAGCUUGACGAAUGUUGUUGAGGCUGUUGUCUUUGAUGCUGUAUCUUCGACGUCGCGGCCUGCUGACGAUCCAGGUGGGCAAGGGUCGAAGGAAGAGGUGGAGGAAGACGAUCUUGAGGCAGCCUUGGAGGCGGAGAUGUUGAAGCAGGCAGACGAGGGCGAUUAG